CACGCACUCCCAGUCUCACACUGUUCUCACGGGCAGCCAGUCGUACGCGGGACGUGGAGCAGGAGGAACGCUUUUUACGUCGCUCUUGCUUACCCUGAGUUACCAUACCCUAAUACGGGUUUAGAUAAGACUUAAACGCAGGAGACAUAGCACAAACACUAAAGCCAUUCUCUUCUUGGUGACUUGUAACAGCAGUUUAAUCAAGAAGUUGAAUUGGGUGGUUCCUGAGCGUGGUUAUAUCUCCACUGUCUACAUCACCCUCGACCUUUCGAUUCAGGUUCAGAGCAAUCAACAAGAAACGACAAUGGUGUUGAAAGGGAAAGCAAGACAGCUGCCGGAAGUGGUCGUGAUGCCUCGACUGUUUGAGUGUGUAGUACUGGGUCGUCCCGCCUCUCCUGCCCUCAAAGAUGCCCACCAACACGACUGGAUCUCAUACCAAGAACUCAACGACACCGCCAACACGAUAGCAAGAUGUCUACUGAAAAGGCUCCAGAGUUCUACACGAGCCAAUCCAGAUGGUGAUAGAGUGGUGGCCGUGUGUAUGGCCCCGAGCUCACACCUGGUCACCACCCUGCUGGCCAUACACAAGGCUGGAGCAGCAUAUCUACCCCUGGAUAUAACCUUCCCAGAGUCUCGCAUGGCUCACAUACUGAAUGAUGCCAGACCCACUCUCCUCCUUGCUAGUGGUCAUCCUCAAGCCCUUCAGAGUAUUCAUACUAAUCCUCAAGUGGAGAAUAAUGUUCCUAUCUUACACCUGGAGGAUUUACAGGCAGAGAUGGAGGAAGAGAGGCACGAUGACCUGACAGCAGAGGAGGUUGGUAUGACUUUCAGUGAGUCGUCCAUUGCUACCAUCCUGUACACCUCAGGGUCCACUGGCAUCCCCAAGGGUGUCAGGAUCUCCCACAAGGCCGUCUUAAACCGCCUGGCCUGGCAGUGGAGCACCUUUCCUUACCAAGAGGAUGAGGUGUGCUGCUUCAAGACUGCACUAACGUUCGUUGACUCUAUCAGUGAGAUCUUCGGCCCACUGUUGACUGGGCACCGGGUGGUCGUCAUCCCUAAGGCCAUGACACAAGCUGUGGAUGAGUUAGUAACAGUGUUGGACAAAGAGAAGGUUGGCAGGUUGGUAUUAGUGCCCAGUCUGCUGAGGUCAAUCGUGCUUCACUGCUCUGCCGACGACUCUCCCAAGUUGACAUCCCUCAGGCUGUGGGUUUGUUCAGGCGAGGUCUUCCCAUCAGAUCUGCUCCAUUCAUUUUUCAAGACAUUCACAAAAAGCCAGACAAUCUGUAACUUCUACGGGUCCACGGAAGUGAUGGGAGAUGUGACCUACCUGCACUUCCAUGACCACAAUGAUGCCAUGACCAAACUAGUCAACAACAAAGUCCCCGUUGGUAUCCCCAUCACCAACUGUCAGAUCUACCUCCUCAACAGUGAUGGAGAACUGGUGACAGAGGGGCAGAUGGGGGAGGUGUAUGCCUCUGGCCUCAACUUGGCUAGUGGCUACGUAGGCAGGGCACAACCGGAAAAAUUUGUAACGAAUAAACAUACCAGUGACACAGAUUACUCAGUUCUCUAUCGUACGGGUGACUUUGGAAAGGUCAUCAAUGGGAUGUUGGUGUUUGAGGGACGAGCCGACUCUCAGAUCAAAAUCCGUGGCCAUAGAGUGGACAUGAAUGAGGUGGAGUUGGCCAUGCUUAUGGUUAAGGGCGUCGACAAAGUGUACAUACUCUGUUACAAUCCCGGGGAGGUCAACCAGGCUCUGGUUGCUUUCUACACCAGUCACGAUGACAAGCUGGUCCCAGAGGUGCUGAAGGUGCAAAUCUCAACCCUCCUUCAACCCUACAUGCAACCUCAGUUAAUUCACAUGGAUGACCUGCCCUUGUUAGUGAAUGGUAAGGUGGACCGUCAACAGCUGCUGAAGGUGUACGAGCAGAGAGCAAAAGGAGACGAGCAAGAGGUAGACAUCGAUUUGACAGGUGUCAGUUCCCAACAAGAGGCCGCAGCUCGUGCUUUGCUGCUGACUGUGGGUCAUGUCUUGGGCCCAGCAGUGGCCAGAGGCAAAAAGCUCUCCCUUAACACAUCAUUUUUCGAGGUUGGAGGCAACUCUCUCAACUCAGUGCUGACGGUGACAUCACUAAAGGAUCUUGGCUAUAAUGUAGGUAUUGGUCAGUUUAUGAAGGCAAAGACCCUUGGGGAGGUGGUACUGAACAUGCAGAAGGUUAGCAGUCAGGAGGAAGGACCCUCAGCACCUGGAGGGUGUAGGAAAGGUUCACUCAGCCACCAGUACACUUGCUCCAGGAUGCUCCACAUACAUAAAGAGGCAGUGUUGAGCAUGAUAAGUGAGAGCUUCGCAGAGAAGGGAGACUUAGAGCAGCACCUUCAUACAGAACCCUGGGAGUACAUAAAGUUGCUAAAUCCAAUAUUUGAUGAGCUGGUAGAACAAGACCUGAGUUUCGUAAUAAUGAAACCAGAGACAGAGGAGGUGGUUGCCUGUGCUUUCAACUUAGACCUCUGGGAUGAACCUCCAUUUGAGGACCUCUCACCUAAGCUUGAUUACGUCCUCACCUUCUUGGAGUAUUGUGAGGAGCCGGCCAAGAGUAAAGUACCAAAGGGCAGAGGGACAGUCUUACAUAGCUUCAUGAUGGGAACCUUAUUACAACUUGGUCCAGCUGAAAAUGUUGAACUCAUAGAGAUAAUGGAAUAUGAGAACCUGAAGGUAGCAGCAAGGAAUGGGUACAAGGCUGUGUUUACCACCAACACAUCCAGUCUAACCCAGCAAGUGUGUGAUGACUUCCUCAACUACAAAGUUCUCAAUGACCAGCAAGUCAACCUGUGGGUGGCCCCAGAUGGCACCAAGCCCUUUGGCCUGGCACCAGACUCCCAGCAUGCUGUUACCACAGUUAAGUUUUUAUAGAAAAGAAAAUACAGAUUCCCUGUGACAUAAGAUGAAUUUUCCAUUCACUUGGUCAGCAAAAAUACUCAGUGUAAAAACAGAUAUUUUACCGUGCUGUGUUGUACUGUGCUGUACUCCACUUUGCUGUACAGUACUGUGCACUACUGUACAGAGUUCUGAAUAAAAAUGUUUUGGAUGCAUUACUCCUCAGAGGACACUUUAUACAUGAACAUCAAGGCACUUUAUAAGUACCAAGUACAAACUUAUGCAUUAUAUAUUCAGUUAAGUGAUACAAGUGACCUAUGGUGGUGUUUCUCUUUAAUGAUUCACUACACUACACAGGGUACUAUUUUGAUGUGAUCAUUGGACUCAUAGCAAUAAUAAGUACAGUAAUAAAAAAUCUUUGAAAAACUAGUACCCAGUAAGUUAUAUGUGAUAGUUUGUUUACUACAAUAAAUAAUCUGACAAUUUGGGUCACUAAAAAAGUCCUUAACUUUUUUCAGAUUUCUUAAAUUAAUAUUAUUUCUGCUUACAACCUGAAAGAUCACAUUACAUAUAGGUUGAACCAAAGUAUUCUUUUCAUGUUGCUGUAUUAAGUCAGGUAUGGAAGCCAGUAUUUAUAACAUCUUCAGGACCUGACAUGGCAGAGAUACACAAUAAUGUUCGUCUCUUCUGUGUACUGUGUAUCAGACUUGGGAGCUGUCAUAAUGAAGUUCCUCAGGGCGAUAAGUUCCCAGGGGACAUGAGGACUCCAGAGUUUGAUAGUGUAUUUAUGUUUUCUUUAUAUUACAGAACAAUAAUAUAUUCUAAUGUUGCUUUUAAUAUAUGUAAAUAGUACUGUAUUGCAUUUUAAUAUAUUAGUAGAACUACAACAAAUUAAAUGACUGCUGUAGAGAUUAUACAGCUCUAGACUCUAGAGCUGUAUAACUCUAGACUCACAUUCCACAAUUCUUAAAAUGAAUAAAGUUUUAAAUAGAAAUUGAAGUAUUGUGUGGACAAGUUCCCAUAACUGGGCUUUAGGUGGUGGGCUUAAGCAUGAUGUCACUCUUGGUAAUUGACAAGAAAUAACAAGAUGCCACAAGACUCUAGACAGUGUUGUGAGGAGACGCCUGUCUUUAUUAAUGAUAACCAUUAUGGAUGGGCCAAGUCAAUGUUGGACUUAUCAGUAUGUACAGGUAUAUUAAAAGGGGACCAUUCAUGGAACAUCAAUGAAAAAUUCCCAUAACUACAGUGAUGGAAGUAACAGCAAAAAAAAAAAAAAAAAAUGAUGGCCAGCCAACAAGAGUAGCCCCAUGAACCUUGAGAUUCAGACUCAUGAACCAGAAGCAAUAAACACAGAGACAUUAUUAUCUCUACACUUGCUUCCAGUUCACACGUCUGAAUCUUGAGGUUUGUGGUUCAUCAGGAUUUCCAUUGUUGAGGAAGUACGGUAUUAUGACAGCUGUAAAGUAUACAUAAUGAUAGGUGACACUGGUUCAAGAUUGGUCUUGACUCUAGACCUUGUGUUCAUUUCCCAUUCCGGGCUGGAGUAUGUGUGUACUGUAUUGUUAAGCGGUAGCCAAGCCAAGUGUGUACCAAGGAAACCUAUUGACUGACACAAGACAACAUUGGAGGUCUUCCAUCAGUGGUACAGUAUUGCCUAAUGUGAACCAUCAAACCACCUGGGAAAUCUUGGAUUAUUUAAAUCAGAGUUUAGAGUUUUACAAAAAUGGUUUUGAGUUUCAUCAAUGUUUGACACAAAAAUAUGAUGAUAAUGUUAUACAGUACUUGAAACCUUCGAGUCUACACUAGUAAAAACAUUUUUUCUUUGGACUUAUUCUUCAAGAGAUUUUAUUUAAGGUGUAAAUUUGAGUAAAUAUAUAUAUUUUUAAUACAGAUGCUACAGCUAAUAAUGUAAUUGUUAUAAAAUGUAAAUGAUGAAUGGUGUUGUUAAUUAUCUUUAACUGUUAAUUAAUAGGAUGUUUGUAAAGUUUCAUGUUCAGAGUACUUCAAGCAUUCAUUGUUGAAAUAUUAGGCUGUGGCAACUUAUUUGGUCUGAAACAACUCAAUUUACUUUUGCGUUAAAGCUGGGUAUGUGUACAGUGUUUUGUGUACAAAGUAAACAUUCGCUUCUGUAAGCAAAAAUCAACCAAAUUUAACUUAACUAAACCUAACCUGACAAACUUAGAUUUAGUUUAUAUUUUUUGUCUCGUGCUGUAACUCAGUACUGUACACAUACCUAACAGGAACCUUAUCAACGUUGUGUGUAAAAAGGGACAAGAUCAUAUAUUUUGUUCAUAAUAAUAAUAAUACUCUGUACAGGUAAUAAUAAUAAUAAUCUUGACACCAUGACCCAGAUAAUUUAGAUUUUUGGCUACUCGUUAACCAGACUGAGACCAAACAAUCUGUAACUGUUUGUGAUUUUGUAUUUUUCUAUUGACUCUCUGAAUAAUUGUGAAUAAAAAAUGUAUAAUUAUAGGAGCAAUAAUGUAGUGCCUUCUCUCACCUAUUGUAGCAACUACCAAUGUGUGUGAGUUGUGUUAGAGCUUUUAAAAGGUGUUAGACUUUGGAUUACAGUACAGUAGGUAUUCAUGACUUAGCGUAGAUGUUAACGGAGGCUGUACAGUCAACUACUAAAACCUGUUCACCUCUCCCCCUGAACCACGAACUCCAAGAUUCAGACUCAUGAACAUGAAGUAGUAGACACUGAUGCAUUAUUCUGCCCAUAAAUGCUUUGGAUUCAUGAGGCUGAAGUUUGGGGUUCAGGGAGAGAGGCAAGAGGACUUAAGCAGUAGACUUUACAUAAUACAUCUUUAAGUAUAAUGUAACUAUAGUACAAUGAAGAUGAAAGGACUCUUUUAGGGAUCAAUUUGAAGUUAGGAUGAGGGGAGGCCAUUCAUACUACAGCUAUAGAAAAUAUAUUAAUGAAUGAUAAUGAGAUAAAGCUUUUUAUAUUUUAUGGCAAGCUUUAAGUAAUAUAUGAUUGAGAAUAGAGGCUAAUAUGAUAGAGUAAUAUAUUGAUGGUGGACAUAUUGACACAUUGACAUAUGUAUUGAAAUAAAAAUAUCUUAGGAUCAUCUGAAGAUUAGAUACUGUACUGUACUGUACUGUACUGUACUGUACUGUACUUCACCUAAAGAAUAAUGAUCCUGACUUAUCUUACACUAUGCUAGACUAACUCCUCAGAUAGCAUUAAGAUGGUUAAGCAUCAUGUGAAAUAAACUGGGUGGUCUAAUCUUUAUGUGAAUUAAACUAGUUUUAUUUUCAGGGGCUUGUGUGUGUUUUAAGUCACUUUAUAGAGUAUUCUGAGGGUAUUAUGUGUAAAAUUAGUUAUAACAAAUAGGCUAACAUUCUACCUCCAUUUAGAACUGCUAUUAUAUAAACAUAAUUAAGGUAUAUACCAGUACAUGAAUUGUGUAUGUUGUCUAGCUAAUGAAAUAUGCAUGUGAAUGAUAA